GACGGGGAGGCAGGCAGGAAUAAUGGAGGUUAAAGGUCGAACGGAAGUUCCCGAAGCUUCUGGUGGCCGCGUUGGCUGCGUUGGCGGCGAGCUAUGGCUAAACAUCAUCCAGAUUUGAUCUUUUGCCGCAAGCAGGCUGGUGUUGCCAUUGGAAGACUAUGUGAAAAAUGUGAUGGCAAGUGUGUCAUCUGUGAUUCCUAUGUGCGUCCCUGCACCCUGGUGCGAAUAUGUGAUGAGUGUAACUAUGGCUCUUACCAGGGGCGCUGUGUGAUCUGUGGAGGCCCUGGAGUCUCCGAUGCCUAUUAUUGUAAGGAGUGCACCAUCCAGGAGAAGGAUAGAGAUGGCUGCCCAAAAAUUGUCAAUUUGGGGAGCUCUAAGACAGACCUCUUCUAUGAACGCAAAAAAUACGGCUUCAAGAAAAGGUGAUUGGUGGGUGGCCCCUUCCUCCCCCCAUCAAGCUGCCGCAGCUGCCAGAAAAGACGCCUACUACCACCAGCAGAACGGGAGCAGAGCCCAGAGCAUCACCAGAAUUGCCUGCUAUUGGACUGGCACCUUGCCACCCUUUCCUCCCCUCACCCAGACAUGUGGUAGGGAUGGAAAAGGAUUCUUCACAGAGCACCCUGGCAGACUGUAUGAGAGAAAAAUUGAUAAGAUAGUGUUUUUUCUUGAAUAGCUCACUACAGCCUCUGUUCCUCACAUUGAUAUGUUCUCUCUACAGUAAGACUUUCUAGAAAGGAAUAGUAUUUCAGUAUUGUCUUUGAGGAAUUGACUGUGAAACCACACACAGUGAAAACCAUGUUCUUACAGCAGCUCUGAUGGCAGUUGUCCUGGAGGAACCGUCAGUGUGUUGUGGGGAGCUCUCAGAAUGAUAAAUGUGGGUGUGUAAUCUUGUAAUGCUUACCAGCCAGUGCUGGUUUCUUGUUAUUUUCCUUCUGAGAAAUUGGAAACCCUUUCUGUUGCUAUUAUAUUAAUAAACUGGCGUUUAUUUUCUGGCA